UCUCCCCACACUGAACCACAUAUCUUUUUGCCGGCUUCUUCAACGGCUUUUUCGCUUCCUUCCUUCGACGUCGUUUUGUCUCCUUUCUCUUUCUCUCUUUCUCUCUCUCUCUGUCACACACUCUCUCUUGCUCCUCCGUCCGUCUCUCGUCUACAGUACCCCUCCGCUUUCGCCUUUUUCCCCUGUCCUAUGAAUUUGGUCGAAAUGCUCAUUUCUUUCUUUUUCCACUAAUCCAAUAUCAUUCGAGAUUCUCCCUUGCCGUCUCCAAUUGCCACUCUCCGCUCCAACCCUCUUCGAAUUCUUCUUCUUCAGUUACCAAUUGCAGUAGCUGAAAUGAACGGAGAUAGACCUGUGGAAGAUGCUCAUUACACGGAGGCGGGGUUUCCUUAUGCUGCUACUGGGAGUUACAUUGAUUUUUAUGGUGGUACUGCCGCUCAGGGGCCUCUAAACUAUGCUCAUGCCGGUGCAAUGGACAAUAUGUACUGGACCAUGAAUACAAAUGCAUACAAGUUUGGAUUUUCAGGAUCAGAUAAUGCCUCUUUCUAUGGUUCUUAUGACAUGAACGAUCAUCUCUCAAGGAUGUCCAUCGGGAGAACUAAUUGGGACUACCAUCCCAUGCUCCCCAUUGAUGAUCCUGAAAUCACAGUGGCACGGUCUGUCCAAAUCGGUGACUCAGAUGAGCACUCUGAAGCUGAAGAUUGCAUUGCAAAUGAGCAUGACCACCCCGACAGUCCGCAGGUAUCCUGGCAAGAUGACAUUGAUCCUGAUACAAUGACCUAUGAGGAAUUAGUAGAGCUGGGGGAAGCGGUAGGAUCAGAAAGCCGGGGGUUGUCUCAGGAACUCAUAGAAACGCUUCCCACUAGAAAGUAUAAGUUUGGGAGCAUCUUCUCCAGGAAAAGAGCAGGGGAAAGGUGUGUGAUAUGCCAGCUCAAGUACAAGAUAGGGGAGAGGCAAAUGGAUCUGCCGUGCAAGCACGUGUAUCAUUCUGAAUGCAUUUCCAAAUGGCUAAGCAUCAACAAGGUUUGCCCGGUGUGCAAUACCGAGGUUUUUGGGGAGCCAAACAUCCAUUGAUCGGCGGAAGGGGAUUGUCCUCUUCUUCUUUUUUUUUGCUUUUAUAUUCGAGGCUCGUUAAGUAAUUGUUUUAGUGUAGUGAAAAACCCCAAAAAAAAUAGUCUACGCACACACUAUACUCUCUCAUGUUCAGUCCUUCUCUGUACAUGUAAUUUUUCUUCUAGUUCAACUUUUGCUUGUCUGUGCUUUAAAAAUUUAACACUCACUCCUAUUGUAUACUAAAUGCUGGCUGAGACAAUUCAAAGUUGAA